CUCUGUUCUGUUUUACUUAUACAAAAAACGAGUAUAUAUCAUUCCUUUAAUUUUUAUUUUUUUAAUAAUUAUUAAUAUAAUUAAUAUCUAUUAUAUUAUGUGUACCUGCUUAUUUAAUGAAUAUUCCUGAACCUGUUCAAUAUUUUUCUUAGAUAUUCGUCCUUAUAUUAAAUUUUUCAGAAUUGAAGUGAAAAUGAUUUCACGGAAAGGACAAAAAGCUGUAAACGAAGGUGUUGUUGGAAAAUAUAUAAAAAAAGAUACACCGCCAGAUUUACCUAUAUUGUUUCAGUUAUAAAUGUUUGGACGACUGGACACAACAGAAGACCCCGUAGUCAACCUUUUAAUACCAGUGAUGGGAAUUCACAGAGUCACGAAAAUAAAUUUGGGAAAGCACAAACAAUGAGUGGACAUGCUGGGAAGUAUACUCCUAGUGAAUCAGUACCAAAUUUAGCACAUAGGCUGGGAAGUUUAUCUACUAAUGACUCAGCAAGUACAUCCAGUAACUACAAUUCACAGUAUCAAUUGGAUUCUAAUAUAGCUUCACAUUCAGCAUUAAAUGAAAUUGACGACUCAUUCAGCAGGCAGCCCAGUUAUAGAUACUACAGACAGCAGCAACAAGAAGAUCCAAUUUAUCAAAAUCAGCAACAGGUUCAACAACAGAAACAACAGCAAUAUGGCUCCAGAGAGUCCAGUAUACCGCGGCUAUCAUCAAAUUUAAGUCUGACGCCAAGAUUGCAUCCUCCAUCUCCACAUUCUGUGCGCCUCCAUAAUGAUUCAUAUACUGCAGGGAAUCAGUCGUCACCUAUUUACUCCAACUACGUUAGUGCAUCAGCUCUUCCUUACCCCAGCAAAUCUCACGGAAGCACCAUCAUUUCCAGUAGCCAAGCGUCCGAGGAGUGCGACCUGCCGCUACCGCCCGGCUGGUCGGAGGAUCGGACGUUGCGCGGCCGCCGCUACUACAUGGAUCACAACACGCAGACCACACAUUGGACGCACCCCCUCGAGAGCGUGCCGCGGCCUUGGCAGAGGAUCUCCACGCCCCACCAUGGAGUCUACUAUUUUAAUGAAAUAACUCAUCAAACGACUUACGCUCACCCGUGUUUAGUUGGAGGUUGUUACGUUGUUAGUCCAUACGUACCUACCCUUGUGCCGCCUUAUCUCAUGGAGGAAAUACCGCACUGGCUAGCCGUUUAUUUUAAAGCGGAUCAAGAAUUGGACCACAAACUACGUUGGAACAUGUUCCGACUGAGUGAACUAGAUUGUUAUUCUGAUAUGUUAACAAGACUUUACAAGCAAGAGUUGCAGCUAAUUGUGAUGAAGUAUGAACAAUAUAGAUCUGCGUUAUUACAAGAAAUAGAGAGAAGGCGGCACGCAGUGACAUAUCACGCGCGUGCAAAUUGUUGAAAGAAAACCAACGGAUUGCCUUAUCGAGCUGUGAUCUUUAAUAUAAGAUUUAUAUUUAAUGUCCGAGGACGUAAAAAUAUAUUGUAAGUUUUUAAAUCUCACAAAUGUAUGUGUAUGUUAUAUAGUAUUUUUAUAAUACAUAAUUAGAUAUUAUCAUCACUAGGUAUUUAAAAUGGUAACUUUGGUGAUUCGGAUAGGAGUCGUUUCGUGCUAUGAGCCGUAUUACACAAGUAUUUUAAAAUAUAGGCGUUGACUGACAAUUGAGACAGAUAGUCUCAAUUGUCAGUCAACGCCUAUAUUUUGAUCAGUAUAGUAUAUGAUCAGUAUAGCUAUUUUGUUAUACUGAAUUAUCACAUAGUGCAGGACAUUCGUGUAGUGGGGGGACGAAAGAGAUAAUGCGACGUCGCGCACAACUGUCUUUGUAUAAAAUAUUUGAAAAUAUGUAUGUACAUCUGUCAGCCCACAGGAUACAAUAUCUAUAAAGCUUAAUUUACAUAAUAAAACUUGUGCCAUGAAACUGGUUUCACCGUCUUAAUUUUCUCAACAAUCAUGAAUAUUGUCUGUGUCUAUAAACUCUCCAAAUUUAUGCAUUUCACGAAACUCUUUCGAAAGUUUCGAGUUCUGCGCAUUUUUUAUGUAAUAAAUGCCACAUUUAUUACAUAAUCUACACAUAAGGGUGUCUCUUAUGUGGGUGUAAAUUCUUUUUGGUUCUUUAGAACUUCUUACGUCUACUCUGGGUAAUAAUUUCCCAUCCCAGUGAACGGUCACCGUUUCAGGCAAAUUAUCCUGAAAAUCUAAUUUUAUAGCUUUCACUUUAUCUUUUCUACUAUGUAUGCGAAUGCAUUGAAUAGACGAUUUAUUUAUCGGGAACUCAUCACAGCUGAGAUCUAGGGUUUCUACUACAAGUAUAUAGACACAGUACUUUAUGCUUAAUUGAAAUCUGUCUAAAGCGGCAACUAAUUUCGGAGUGACAAGGAAAGACUUUGUCUUUCCUUCCUCUUUUAAAAGUUGUUACAGAACUUACCAUUUGAGAUGUUGAUAGCAAGGGUUCCUCAAGGCUUUCGUUAGUGCUGGUAGGUUGAUUUGAAUUUUCUUGCGUUUCGAUAAAAUGUCUUUUUUCUCUUCUUUUAAUUUUCUGUCUUGUUGUUACUUCUUUCUCGGCUAACUUUUUAUCUACUCCCGCUAAAUAUCAUGGACGCCCUGGUUCUCUUUGUUUUUGUAAAAAAAAUUAUCUUGUAUUUUUAUCCAUUCUAAAUCAUUGCGUGUGCUAUAUCGAAUAAAAUAUCUAAAUGUUUGUAAGUCCUCCUCAUGGCGCGAUUUUUUUUUUUUUAAUUCUCCAAGCACGGUGAAGAUCCACAAGUUUUUUUACACAGUUAGGCACAGCUCUGGUAGGGAUUCUAACUUUUUCCAAGAAUAUAAUACACUCUCGAACGGCAAGAUUUGCGCUUUCAUUAACAGUCAAUUUAACUUCGUGAAUGUUAAAAAAGAGGACUGCAAGAACUUGACGAUUAGACGGUAACUUUGCUCCAGUUAUUUGACGGUUAACGUCACCAACUAAGAAAAUAUCUUUUUUAUUGUUUCUUAAUUCCACUGCCAUUUUUUUAACAUUAAUAUAAUAUGUUAAUCACGAGAGUUACUGUGAACAAAUGACAAAUAUGAUGGAUGCGCGUCGCUGAAAAUUAAAUGAAUGUCUCAAAAAAUGUAGGCAGCUUAUAUCAUUGAUAAUAAUAAGUCACAUAAAUGAGCAAACUUUUCUGAAAUUAUAAUUGUAAAAAAGGCCUAAUUGGAAUGUGUAUAUAUGUUACGCCGAGUGUGGACUGUGAGCGUCCGUGGUAUCGUCAAGUGAAGAAGCCUGACUAAUAUUAUAACGAUGUAUCUAGCAAGUUAUUAGUAUACACUUAUAAGUUGUUAUCAAGGAGUCUAUAUAUUUAAGUACCAAGAUAUAGGCUCCUUUUAUCCGUCAUUUAGACGAAUUUACGGGCGUGCUAGUAUUUUAUACAUGACACCUAACAUUUUACAAUGAAUAAUAUUACUAUGGCCACUAUCAGUGUGAUAAGCAUGUUUAUAGAUACAACUAAAAGUUUUAUACUUGAUCCAAUUUAAAAUGUGCCUUACAGUGAAAUACAAUUAUUUAUACAAGUAA